AUGUCUGGCCUGAUCCUCAACCCGAAGCCCUUCCUCGCUGGCCUCACGGGCAAGGCCGUCGUCGUCAAGCUCAAGUGGGGCAUGGAGUACCAGGGCGACCUGGUCUCGGUCGACUCGUACAUGAACCUCCAGCUCGCCAACACGGACGAGUUUGUCGGAGGCGCCAAGACGGGCCACCUCGGCGAAGUGCUCAUCCGCUGCAACAACGUGCUCUAUGUGCGGGGCGCGCCCGAAGACGCCAAGCAAGGCUAG